UCAAACGUAUGGAUUAUUUAUGGUGGAGUGUUUCUGCCGCAGUAUAAAAUUUUCUGUCUUUAUUUUCAUGUGUUUUUAAAUUAUUUACGAGUUUAGUAAUCAUGAUGGAGGGUUCAUUAAGUAAGUGGACAAAUGUGAUGAAAGGUUGGCAGUAUAGGUGGUUCGUGUUGGACGAGAAUGCUGGCUUGCUCUCUUAUUAUACGUCAAAAGAGAAAAUGACGCGUGGCGUGAGGCGCGGCUGCGUGAGACUCCGAGCAGCAGUGAUUGGUAUAGAUGAUGAAGACGAUUCUACCUUUACUAUCACAGUGGAUCACAAGACCUUCCAUUUUCAGGCUCGUGACGGUUCGGAGCGUGAACGUUGGGUGCGUGCGUUAGAGGACACAAUCGCACGUCACGGGCGACGCGAGCGCUGGUCGCGCUGCGUGCCCGCGCCUGCGCAUCGACACGGCGAUCUCGAACGACGAAUCGCUGAAGCGGAUGCAUACUUGCAGAUCAUGAUAGAAUUAGUGUCUAAAAUGAACACGAGGGUAUCAGAAUUGCCAGAUCCACAAGAGAAGAAUAAAGGACAAGUCAUAUUAGACCACUCCAACGCAAUGUUGGAUAAUAUAAAACAUUCCAUAGUGCUUCUUCAAAUAGCUAAGAACACGGUGAAUCCCGUGAACGGUGUGUACCAGGGACCGACGAAUCCGUCACAGGAACAUAUCAAAGAAGAUCUGUCCCCUCGCGUGGAGCUGGGCUCAGAGUGUCGCGAGCUGUCGUCCCCCACACACGUCAUCCAACCCCUCGAUCACAUCGAUUCACCCAGACAAGCGAUGUCGUUGUUGGUACCGGACACGUCGUACUCGUCGUCUGAAGGGGAAGAUGACUUCUACGACGCGGACGACGAACCAGCCGACACCGUCGUACCUGGCCCGAGUGCGAGCCGCACUUGCGGGGCGGAGGGCGCGUCCGAGCAGGAAGCGACGCCGCCCGCCGCCGUCGACCUGCCGCGGACGAGGGACGGUGAGAUUGACUAUGACGCUCUAUACGAAGAUGACUCAGACAGUGACCUUGGAUCUAUGGAGAACCAUGGGUCCGUUGUCACGCAUUUGCUAUCACAAGUCAAAAUCGGCAUGGACCUUACAAAGGUUGUGCUUCCAACAUUCAUCCUAGAAAGGCGAUCGCUACUCGAAAUGUACGCGGAUUCGUUCGCCCAUCCCGAUCAGUUUGUUAAGAUAGUAGACAUGCCAACACCCCGUGACAGAAUGGUUCAAGUUGUUCGAUGGUACCUCAGCUCCUACCACGCGGGUCGUAAAUCGCAAGUAGCGAAGAAGCCCUACAACCCUAUCUUAGGUGAAAUAUUCCGCUGUCAUUGGGAUCUCGACGGAGAAUCCGUAGAAAACAACCCUGCAAAGCAAGAAGUAGGCGACGGUCCCGUUCCGUGGUGUUCGCCGGAUCAACUUUCCUUCGUGGCUGAACAAGUAUCUCACCAUCCCCCCAUAUCAGCAUUCUACGCGGAGCAUGUGAAUAAACGCAUACAGUUCGAUGCCUGGGUGUGGACUAAGAGCAAGUUCCUUGGACUUUCCAUAGGCGUCCACAACAUCGGCAGGGGGCUGGUGACGUUGCUUGACCUUGAGGAAGAAUAUACUCUUACCUUCCCGAAUGGUUACGGAAGAUCAAUAUUAACGGUUCCGUGGAUAGAACUCGGCGGCUCGGUGGUAAUCGAAUGUCAGCAAACAGGACACAAGGCGAACAUUGAGUUCCUCACGAAACCCUUCUACGGUGGUAAAAAACAUCGCGUGACGUGCGAAGUGUUCGCCGGCACCGAAAAGAAGCCGUACUACACCGCACAGGGAGAGUGGAACACGAGGAUGGAGGGGAGAUGGACUGAGAGUGGGCGCAGCGAGGUGCUGUUCGACGUGACGAACAUGAAGGCGCGGCGCAAGCGCGUGGCGCCCGUGUCGCGGCAGGCGGGCGGCGAGUCGCGGCGCGUGUGGCGCCACGUGACCGCCGCGCUGCGCGCCGCCGACACGGACUGCGCCACGGCCGCCAAGCGCCGCCUCGAGCAGGCGCAGCGCGACGCCGCCAAGCGCCGCGCCGACGCCGGCGACAAGUGGAUCACGCAGUUAUUCAGCCCGAAAGGUGAGGAAGGUUGGGAAUACAACGAGCCACUGAGCAAACGGACGGAACGAUCGAAGUCGCCGGAACGCAAAGCGCCGGAGAACGAAGCCAGAUAAUGGACUCUACUCUCCUCCUAAUUAUGGACUUUAAUAAAAUACUAUUAAGGUAGAAAUUUCUGCGUCACAGUUUAUGGAAUUUAGCAAAACUAGAUAAAUAUAAAUUUUCGUUACGCACCAACGUUUAUCGCUUAGUGAAAAUGUGAAUCGAAAUGAAGUGAAGUGUGAAAUUGUGAAAAAUUAAAAGAAGUGGUAAAUGACGUGUAAUUUCUGUAAAAUUAAUCAAAUUUAUAAAACGACACGUUUGCGAUGACGACUUUGUAUUUCAUCAACUGGCAACACAGAGACGAAUGUAUUUCAAGCCUAAAAAAUAUUGAGAAAUAAAUCUUAUAUCAAUAAGGUUACGGUAUAUAAUAUUAAUACAUUUUCGUGAACAGUUUACAUUUUAUUAUUAAAAUCGAAUAUUCCACAUUUUUCACUAAUGGCCUAUAAUAAUUGAUUUGAGCAAUAAUUGUAAAUAUUUAUACCUAAUAAAGAUCUUUUUUGCUUUGUAACUAAGUAAUAUUAGCAAUCCGAACGAAUGAUAUCGCUUUUGCGUGUUUAUUUACGAUUCGAGUUUUAUGUCGAAAAAUUAUUUUAAGCGCUUUUAUAUAAUUACAUAUUAUAAUGUUUUUUUUAUGUUCAUCGUUCCAUAUUUAAAUAUUUUUUUUUAUCUGUACGAAAACGUACGUAAUUUAUUUUUAAUAGUGAUAAUUUUACUAAGUAUCUAAACACGCAAAUGAUUACGUGGAAAAAGACAAGAACGAAUAAAAUAUGGAAAGAAAACGUUGUGUUAUUGUAUAUAUCUCACAGAUUAUAAUGAUAUAUUUAAUAAAAAAUAUAUAAGAACGGCAUCGAUUUUCAAUGUUGCCAUGUGAAAUUAAUAGUUCGAUAAAAACUUCUUUAAAAUAUAAAUUUUCAAAUCAAACGUAACGUUUUAUUCGAGACGCGUUCCCAUAGAAAAGACUGACAUUGUGAACGAAUUGAGUUUAAAAAGACGUGACGACAUUUAAAAGAAUAUAAUUAUAUCCGAUCACAUAGACUUAUUUAAUUAAAUUAAAUAGCUAUAGAUAC